ACAGUAAGGCCCCGCGGGCGUCCUGGCCGCCAUGUGCAGCGCGGUGGACCCUCGCAUCGUCCGGAGAUACCUACUCAGGCGGCAGCUCGGGCAAGGGGCCUACGGCAUUGUGUGGAAGGCAGCGGACCGAAGGACUGGUGAGGUCGUGGCCAUCAAGAAAAUCUUUGAUGCUUUUAGGGAUAAGACAGAUGCCCAGAGAACAUUCCGGGAAAUCAUGCUCCUCCAGGAGUUUCGGGACCAUCCCAAUAUCAUCAGCCUCCUUGAUGUGAUCCGGGCAGAGAACGAUAGGGACAUUUACCUGGUGUUCGAGUUUAUGGACACUGACCUGAACGCAGUCAUCCGGAAGGGCGGGCUGCUGCAGGAUGUCCACGUGCGCUCCAUCUUCUACCAGCUUCUGCAGGCCACGCGGUUCCUCCACUCGGGGCACAUUGUGCACCGGGACCAGAAGCCGUCCAAUGUGCUCCUGGAUGCCAACUGCACAGUGAAGCUGUGUGACUUUGGUCUGGCCCGCUCCCUGGACGACCUCCCUGAGGGGCCUGAAGACCAGGCCUUGACAGAGUACGUGGCCACACGCUGGUACCGAGCUCCGGAGGUGCUGCUGUCUUCGCACCGGUACACCCUUGGGGUGGACAUGUGGAGUCUGGGCUGUAUCCUGGGGGAGAUGCUGCGGGGGAGGCCCCUGUUUCCAGGCACGUCCACCCUCCACCAGUUGGAGCUGAUCCUGGAGACCAUCCCACCGCCAUCCAAGGAGGACCUCCUGGCUCUCGGCUCAGGCUGCCAUGCCUCUAUGCUGCACUGCCUGGGGUCCCGGCCACGACAGACGCUGGACGCCCUCCUACCGCCAGACACCUCCCCAGAGGCCUUGGACCUCCUUAGGCGACUCCUGGUGUUCACCCCAGACAAGCGGUUAAGCGCCACCCAGGCACUGCAGCACCCCUAUGUGCAGAGGUUCCACUGCCCCAGUGAUGAGUGGGCACGAAAGGUACAUGUGCAGCUCCGAGCACGCGAAGGGGUCCAGCUCUCUGCGCCUGAGUACCGCAGCCGCGUCUAUCAGAUGAUCCUGGAGUGCAAAGGCAGCAGCAGCACCUCAAGAGAGAAGGGCCUGGAGGGUGUCUCCCCGUCCCAGGCACACCUGCACAAACCCAGAGCUGACCCGCAGCUGCCUUCUGGGACACCUGUGCAGGGCCCCAGACCCAGGCCUCAGAGUAGCCCGAGCCAUGACCCCCCCGAGCACGAGGUCCUCCGUGCAGCCAAGAACACUCCCAGGCAGAACUCCGCUCCCAUGCUCCAGCCUGCACUCCUAGGGAGUGGGGAAAGGCCCCCCGGGGCGAAGGAAGAGCCCCCCUUGACAUUCUUGCUGGAGAAGCCAGGCCGGAGGGGAGCUGCGCCUUCCCUGACCUCACAGGCUGCAGCUCAGGUGGCCAACCAGGCCCUGAUCCGGGGUGACUGGAACCGGGGCGGUGAGGUGAGGGUGGCCAGCACACAACAGGUCCCUUCCCGGUGUCCUCCGGAGGCCCGGCCCGGCCGGAGGAUGUUCAGCACCUCUGCCUUGCAGGGUGUCCAGGGGGCCGCCAGGGCUUUGCUUGGAGGCUACUCCCAAGCCUACGGGACUAUCUGCCACUCGGCACUGGGCCACCUGCCCCUGCUGGAGAGGCACCGUGUAUGAGCUGCCCUACUCCCUUCACCUGGCCCCCUGUUCCUGCCCCAGCCCCUUCCCCAGACCCCUCCCCAGUAUCCUGCACCCCUUAGCCCUCCCUGCUUUGCCAGGCCAUGUUGCAGUUCCAGGGAGCUCGCCUGAGUCCCCUCCGGGGAGCAGAUGAGGGCCCUGCCCCAGCCCCAGUGACUUCCUCCAAUAAAGUCACGUCUGCCCCCAAUCUAA